UCUCGGCGAGAACACGUCGCGCGAGACCUGCUCGUAAAUCAAUCGAUCGGCCCCUCGCCCGACGACCAAGAACAUGGAGGCGAGGCAGCAUGCCGGCGGCGGCGCGGCCCCGUGCGCCAACGGCUGCGGGUUCUUCGGCGACGGCGCGGCCACAAACGAUCUCUGCUCCAACUGCUACAAGGAACGGCAGCAGCUGCUGGACCUCAUGGCCUUUGACGCCGCCGUCAUGUCCGGCCUCAGGUCGCUGAAGCUGGCGAAAGCUGGAGGCGAGAAGACGCCCGAGAAGACGGCGGGGGCUACGAAGAACCGAUGCAAUGCGUGCCAGCAAAAGGUGGGCCUGCUGGGAUUUGUGUGCCGGUGGUGGGCCACGGCCACCUGCUGCGGCGCGCACCGCCAUGCCGACGCACACGUCUGCUUCUUCGACUACAUGGCAGCCGGCCGCGAGCAGGUCACGCGCAAGAACCCGCUUCUCGUCGCGCCCAAGAUGUCCAGGAUUUCUUGUUUUUAAAGAAAAGGAGGUUAAACUCUGCAUCGAUGCAUGCAAUCAUCGUUAUUAAAUAUUUCAUAAAGAUUAUAAGAUCAUACAUUAAUUUACUCGAAGUCACUACUCACACUUACAAACUCGAUAAUAUGGAGUGCUCUCACUUCCCAUAUAUAAGACCGGUGUCAUCGUCAAUUCAUCCACAUGACGUAUCGGGACGAACAGUCGGUACAAGAAAUCUAAAGCACACACGUUUUAGAAGCCGUCAUCAGCAUUGGGCCACUGACUCAUCUUCAGAAGAGAUAUCCACAUCAUCCUUAUGAGUCCGGACAUAGAGGAUUUGAAUGCUUGCUUCUACCCAUGACAUGUACCUCACGCUGUGCUGACUCUUGCAGGAG